AUGCUGCAGCAGCAGCAGCAGCAGCAACAACAGCAGCAGCAGCAGCAACAGCAGCAGCAGCAGCAGCAACUCAAGGGGAGGCUGUUCUUGGCUUUUCUCGCUUGGCAUUUGAUGGGGAGCAGCAGAGGUGUAGAAGACCAAGAGACUCAAGGGAAGCAGAGGCAGCAAGACACGCAGCAUAGCAGCAGCAGCAGCAGCAGCAACAGCAGCAAGAGGAGCUGCAGCGGCGGCAGCAGCUCUGCAGCAGCAACGACAGCACGAGGGCGAGCGCAGCUGCACUGCCGCCAUCGCCCACUCCAGGAGAAAGCGCCCAAGCAGCAGCAGCAGCAGCAGUGUCAGCAGCAGCAGCAACAACAGCAGCAGCAGCAGCAGCAGCAGCUGAGGCUUGCCAGCAAAUCAGCAGCAGCAGCAGCAGUAGCGGCAGCAGCAGCAGCAGCAGCGGCAGCAGCAACAGCAGCAGCAGCAGCGACAGCAGCAGCAGCAGCAGUUGCAGCAGCACCUGAUCAGGUGGGCCUUUGUGAUGCACUUCAAGACACAAAUGAAUCCGCUGCGCCGCUCGCGAGCCAAGAAUACGCUCCCCUGAGCCCCGUCGCCCUGCAGCAGCAGCAACAGCAGCAGCAGCAGCGGCAGCAGCAGCGGCAGCAGCAGCAGCAGCGGCAGCAGCAGCAGCGAGAGGGCACAGCUGUAUGA